AAAGACCAACCUAUCAGUGGCCACACACAUGGCAUCAUCCAUGCUCGAUAUUCAGCCAAACAUUCAAGCUGUUUCAAUCCCAAGGGACCAACAACAAAUUCACAGGAUUCCCAGAGUAAACAUUGAUGGAGAUGAAAAAUUGUGUCGGUGUGGAAUUGUCCUCGAGUAUAUCAACAAUCUAUUGCUGAAGGGGCAAAGGAAGCAACAUAAGUCAUUCUUGGGUUCUCUUCCUGGUCCAUGCCUUAAUUUUAAAGCUCAUUCUAUUCAACAACAGAUAAAGGAUUUUAGGGUAUAUUCAGGAUUAGCACAAGAUGAACUACACAAACUGGACACAUGUAAGCUGGUUGAUGAGUUUAAGGCAAACCUCAAGAGUAUGGAGGACUACCUAAAGGCAAUCAACCACACAUUUAGCAACUGCAAUAUGCUUAAUAGCUUUAAAAGCAAACACAUCUUACCAAUGCCAGGGGACUGGCCUACAUGGUUUUAUUCAAAAAAGAUAACUGCCCAAUCACAAGAUGGAACUUACAAUUCAAUAAUACCAGAGCAAGGGGCUUUCCAUGUGGGCUUGAACAUCAUCGAGGAUGUAAUCAUCUUUUUUUAUCAUUUUUUCUUCAACAACAUUUACAAGCAAGUAUUUGGCUCAGAACUUCCUCUCAAACCCGAGCCCUUCAGAUCUAACUUUGUUAUUACUGCAACAAUGUGUGCAUGGCUUUUGAUAUGA